ACGUUUGGGAGCUGUUAUGGCUUAUUGGCUUCCCUUGUCGUACUCGCGAAUGUGAACUUUUCCGCAACAAACUAUUCUGCGUCUGUUAUUGGUUCCACAACAACAACAACAAUACCUCUACUCCGGAGGAGUAGAGAGGCUGUUUCCGAACUGUAUAGCAGCAUGCAAACGAUUAUAUUGUAGUACUAAUGACGUUAUGAUUAUUUAGCUAUUUUACAGUUUCUGCGAUAUUAACCUUUGGUCUUUAAAAAGGAAAAAGCAUUCCAUCAAAACAUAAGGGUAAAGCGUUUAAGCGCACAGAAAACAGACCGUAUAAAAUGAUGAAACGAUCAGUGGGGGAAUUGGCAAGUGCAAUAAGCCGGGGUCUCAUCCACGGAUCAAAGCAAAGCAGCCCAAGUCAAACAUGGACUCCAGCGUUAGAGCAAACGCUGUACAGUCUCGGAUGUCGGGAAUCUCUCAGUCCAACACUCGUCGCCCGAGUCAUCGACCCUUUCCUUGUCCACCACCAUUCCCUUGCUCUUGGUUUCUUCAACUGGGCCUCUCAGCAACCUGGAUUCUCCCACGACUCCUCUACUUACCAUUCCAUUCUCAAGUCUCUUUGCAUUUCCCGUCAGUUCAAUACCCUUGAUAAGCUCUUUAAGCAGGUAAAAGCCCAGAAAAUCCGCCUUCAUCCUUCGCUUUAUCGUUCUGUCAUUGCUUCCCAGAUCAUUGGUAAGAAAUCCCACUUAGCAUUUUCCAUUUUCAGUGAGGUUCCUUCUUUGGCAUCAGAGAUUGGAUCCCAAACUUGUAAUUCACUUCUUGCUGCUCUGUCAUCGGAAGGGAACUAUAAAUGUGCUUUCCAGGUGUUCGACGAAAUGAAUCGCAGAGGUGUUCGAUUGAAUACUCUUGGUUUUGGUGUGUUUCUGUGGAGAUUCUGUGGAUUUAAUGGAUUGGAAAAGAGUUUGAGUUUGUUAGAUGAGGUGCGGAAGAUUGACUUUUCGGGGAUUAAUGGAUCCGUUGUUGCAGUUCUAGUCGUACAAGGGUUAUGCUCUGGGUCUAGGAUAGCUGAAGCUGUUUCUGCUUUUGAUGAAUUGAGGAUAAGGGAAUGUAAAUCUGAUUUUAUUGCUUAUAGCGUUGUUGCUGAAGCGUUGGGGAGUAUGCGAAACGUAGUUGACAGAGAGUUUGUUUUAAAGAAGAAGAGAAAACUAGGGGUGGCACCAAGGAAUAAUGAUUAUAAAGAUUUCAUCUUUGAUUUAAUUUCAGAGAGGCUGAUUUCCGAAGCUAAAGAGUUGGGCAAAGUAAUUGCAUCUGGGAACUUUCCAAUGGAUGAUGAUCUGCUCAAUGCUUUGAUAGGAUCGGUAUCAGCUAUUGAUCCUGGACUCGCCAUCUUCUUUUUAAACUUCAUGCUGGGUAGAGAAACGGAGCCUAAUCUUGUUACUGUGACAAAUUUAAGUGCAAACCUUUGUAAGCAUGGAAAGAUUGAUGAAUUGCUAGAAGUAUUUCAAAAGUUGUCUGCUAGAAACUAUUUUAGUGACACACAGAGCUAUAAUAUUAUGGUUUCAUUUUUGUGCAAGGCUGGUAAAGUUAGAGAAGCUUACGAGGUUCUUCGUGACAUGAGAAGAAAAGGUGCAGUUCCUGAUAUACAAUCUUACAAUCUCCUGCUAGAAGCUUGCUGUCGAGAGGAUCUACUACGACCAGCUAAACGGUUGUGGGAUGAGAUGUUCACAAAUGGGUGCCCUGGUAAUUUAGAGACGUAUAAUAUUCUUAUUCAGAAGUGUUCAGAAGAAGGUGAAAUUGAAGAUGCUUGUAGGCUUUUCAAUGACAUGACAGAGAAAGGAGUAGUACCUGAUGCUAUUAUAUACAAUUCAGUCCUUAAAGGGCUUUGUCAAGCAAAAAAUCUCAAAAUGGCUCUUGAAGUCUUCAACAAAUGUGCUAUGCAGGAUCCAACCGUUGCACGAUCCGUAUUGUGUACGUUCAUCCUCAGCCUCUGCAAGGAAGGUUAUUUGCUUCCUGCAAUGGAGUUACUUCGUGGCCAAAGCACUGAUAUUGCAUUUUUAGACUCCCAUCUGAUUUUUCUUAAAUUUUUAGCCGAUACUGGAGAAAUAAGUUUGGCUGUUGAACAUUUGAAGUGUAUUCAAGGCAAAUCUCCUUCGAUGCAUCAGGCACUGAGCAAUGAAAUAUUGGCAUCAAUCUCAUCUUCUUCAAAACCAGAUCAAAUUCUCAAGUUAUUUCAAGUUAUACAAGAAAACCGUCUCAAUUCUACUAAUGACUUGGGGAAAGAAAUGGCUUACAGAUGACAUACCACAUGUUUGUACAUUCAGAAUGCUCUAUAAAUGGGUCUUCACCAUAUGAUUAAUGCAGGAGGCAGCGGACACAUCAAUAUACAUAUGAGAAUACAGAACCGAGAACAAUAAUACAUAGAGAAUCUUUUUUUGGGUAAUACAUAACCAGGUCAAUUUAAAAGGCUUUUCCUUUCU